UUUUGACGAUUUUUUUUUCGGAGAAACGCGACUACGGGCGGCAAUAAUUUUAAGCUAGGCGAUCUCCGGGCGAGGGGAAGCUCGGCCACUAGGCCUUUAGCCAUUGCUGUCUCCUUGUUAGGGUUUCAUCUACUGCAACAUGUUCAAAAAAUUUACCUUGGAGGAAAUAUCAGCACAAAAUCAAGUGAAAGCAUCUGUGCAACGGAAGAUUCGACAAAGCAUUGUUGAUGAGUACCCUAGUUUGGAACCUCUCAUGGAUGACCUACUUCCAAAGAAAUCGCCUCUUAUUGUUGCAAAAUGUCAAAACCAUCUGAAUCUUGUCUCGGUGAACAACGUGCCUUUAUUUUUCAACAUUAGGGAUGGCCCUUACAUGCCAACUUUGAGGCUGCUUCAUCAAUAUCCCAAUAUAAUGAAGAAGUUACAGGUGGACAGAGGUGCUGUCAAGUUUGUCCUUUCUGGUGCUAAUAUAAUGUGCCCUGGUCUUACAUCCCCUGGUGGUGCAUUGGAUGAUGAAGUAGAAGAAGAAACCCCAGUGGCCAUAAUGGCUGAGGGAAAGCAGCAUGCUCUUGCUAUUGGGUUCACCAAAAUGUCUGCAAAAAACAUAAGGGCCAUCAACAAAGGAAUUGGUGUUGACAACAUGCACUAUCUAAAUGAUGGCCUCUGGAAGAUGGAGCACUUGGACUGAGUUCUUUUGCUCCGGAAAACUGGAGAGGAUUUGCUACAGGUUUCUUAUUUUGAUCGUAAUCCUGCUGAUGUUACUACGAGUUUCAGUACAAAAUCAAGUAGGAAUUUCUUUGUCAUGCAAAAUUAUGUUGCUGAACAAAAAGUUCCUAAGAUUACAAAUUUUUGCUGUCUUCAUAAUGAUUUUGUUCUCCUGAUAUGUAGCAUUUGUGCCUAUCUACGUUUCUCUUUGUUUUAAAAGAGCCUUCAAUGCUUUUUGUAUAAACUGUAUUUCAUGUUGUAGCAAUUGGCUGUUUUGAUCCUCCCUCUACCAACAACUAUCUUCUUCAACUAUUCCACAUCUCUGUUCUAAUAUGAAUUAUUUGUUUUAAUGGUUAUAUCGAAUUUUUCA